CAUACGGGUUCACAAUGGUGGCUCUCUUUGUUUUACGCAGAAAGUUUCCUGAUGCGUAUCGUCCCUUUAGGGAACUGGUAUAUUUGUCAGCCCAGGCACCAUACUGGAGGAAUGUGGCUCAAUAGGCAUGAGCUUUGUGAUGUGGUCCAUUUGUGCAGUCAUGUCACUCAUAACUGUCCUACCAUUUGCUGAGCUCUGUACUGUUGUACCCAAGUCUGGCAGUCAGUAUGUCUAUAUACAAGAGGCCUUCAAAGACUUUCACCCAUUCUACGGUCAGAUGCCAGGAUUCAUCUACGUCUGGAUCAACUUCAUAUUCAUGCGGCCUGCAUCAUUUGCUAUCCACAGUCUUUUAUCAGCUGAUUAUAUGUAUGCCAUUUUCAUUCCGGCAGUCGGUGAAGAAUUUGACACUCACUACAGUUUCUUGAUCAAAAAUUUUAUUGGAUCCGUGUCGCUCAUAAUCAUUGGCUUAAUCAACUGCCAAAGUGUGAAGAUCUACAUCAUAUCUCAGGAUCUCAUUACUUACUUCAAAAUGUUGCUGUGUCUUGCUCUAAUUUUAGUUGGAGCGUAUAUGUUCAUGUCAGAACAGGCUAUCAACUUUGACAUGGGUUUUGACAACACUACACUGACAGUGGCCCGCCUGCCUCUAGCUCUGUACGCAGGACUGUAUGCCUUUGACGGAGGGUCCAUUGUCACUGGUUUGACUGAAGAAAUCAAGAAUCCAGAAAGGACAAUUUUGCGGAGUUUGAUCAUGGGUCUAGGUGUGGUAACGGUCACCUAUCUGCUGCUUAACCUAUCCUUCCUCAGUGUACUCACAGUGGAUGAGAUAACAACAAGCUCUGCGGUGGCUAAGUUGUUUGCUGAGAAAGUCUUCGGAGUACAAGCAGGUCUGGUUGUGUCCAUUCUGGUAUCCUUCAGUUCUGUUGGUGGCAAUUUGUCUGGCAUAUUCUACUCAUCACGGUUGGGCUAUGCAGCUGCUAAAGAAGGACACAUGAUGGAAUUUCUGUGCUACAUCCACCGUACAAGACUUACCCCCACUCCUGCUGUUAUUCUCCAGGUUGCCCUGUCACUUGUGUUCUACUAUGUUGGCAAGAGUGCUGAAACGCUUAUUAACGUCUACUCAUUUGUCCUCUGGCUCAAUUAUGGUUUCACAAUGGUGGCUUUGAUCAUCCUUCGGGUGAAGAAUCCACAGGCUUGGAGACCAUACAAGGUACCUCUAGUGAUCCCGGUAGCUGUACUGCUGAUUUCCUGGCUGUUAGUUGUGACCUCCCUCGUCACUCAACCAGCCACCACCUAUAUUACCGCUGUGGUGGUUCUUAUCACUGGCAUCAAGGUCCAGUACUGGUUUGUCUACAAGAAAAAACGAAUUGUGGGAUUGACCAAACUGACCACUAUGCUACAGAAGUGGCUGGAUGUGGUACCUCCUUCAUGAAACUUCAUUUUGGAGGUUUUUUUUAGUGUUCAACCUGAACUUCAGAAAAACGUCAGACCUGAAGCAGUCACAUUAACUAGCACCGAUUUAUGUGUACUUGUUGUUUAAGAAAGUAAAUAAUGAUAAAACAGAAUACUCUGUUAGGAUUAUAGACUAUAGACACUAUAGUGUGGUGAUCUGUCUACACCUUUCAACUCAUCAAUUUAGUCUUCACCACUUGUCCAUGUUGGUCAUUGACACAGGAACUACAUUUUUCGCAUUUUUCGUUGCGGUCAUCACAUUCAACAGUUCCAGUCAACAUUUUUUUGCUUCAGCUUCUUUAUUGCAUCAUCCUUGGGGGUUUUCUGCCAUCAUAAAUUUGUCAGUAGUCUGUGUACUCAAUACCAAAUUCACCAAUCUGAUGGUAACAGACAUUUUUGCUUACGACAGAGGUUCAAAUGUGCACAUUAGUUUUCCAGUCCAAUGAUCUGUUCAGGUUGGGCUUCAAAAUGGCCGUUUUAAUCUUUUCGCUGCCAAACCACCAUACUUGGUGACCAUGCUCAGACCCCCAUUUUAAUCAUCAUCCUAAUCAGUAAACCCCAAUGAAAAAGAGAUCACACCCUGUGCUGUUAAACUUUCAAUUAACAUCAGAAAUUGAAAAAAAAAUGGUAAACGCUCUUUAUUAAACUAACCAAUUCCACAAAAUAACUCCAAUACAUGUUGGUUACUUCUUGAAAAUGUCAUAUGAUUAUAGUUCACAUAAUACUCUGUUUACUAAUAUAUUUAUUCUAUGUUUCUUCAUUACUAAUAUCCACACACAAACACAACACUUCCCUGUGGUAAAUUAUUAUGAUAAUCAAUCUUGGAGGCUAAAAAAUAUAAUUUAUUAAAAAAGCUUAGGCAUACAAUUUUUGCUGGAUUUUCAGGUCUAUUUUAAUAAAUUUGUGUGUAUUAGAAAAUUAGAUUGAACUUACUAAAGUAUUAUUGUUACCACUUAUAUUGACAAAACUUAAAUUUGAGUUGAUCGUCUCAUAGGUGUAACUGCAUUUACAUAGAAUUUAUUAAUGUAUUUAAAGGAACUAUUUAAAAGGGUAGACACAAAUUAUAAAAUGUAAAGUUAAUGUAAACACUUAAUUAAUUGGUAAUAUAAUAUAACAUUGAGAAGUUUUGGCUCGGGAUGUUCACUCAUUUGAUUUUCAAACUCUGAUUAACCAUGAUUGCUUGUUUUUAUUAUUAUGUAGCUCUUUCUAAUAUAGUAAUUAUAAUGUAACAUUACAAAAUUAAUGUUACACUGUAUUUAAAGGCUGAAUGUGUCAGUUGCAAUAAUUAAAAAUUAAACAAUCUCAAUGAGAGAAAAUUGUGGUUUUUUUAUUAUGUCCUUAACUUAUGAAUAAUAUAAUAGCCUCUGUUUGUGUGUGUGUGUGUGUGUGUUUUGUGUUGGUAACCUUUCGAUGAAAUCUGAUCAGCUGUUCAAUCAUAUUUUGUAAACAUAGCUUAAAAUUUACUCAGUUAAUAGUGGCCAGAGUCAUAACAACAGAGCCUUGAGUGGACGGAUACGGCUUCUCCCACUCGUAAAAAAUUCAGGACCCUGUAACCUGACGGUAAAGUCAUGCUUACAGUAUUUUGGGAUUUUCAGGGGGAAAUGCAAUUUUUUUGAAGACCAAAGAACAAUCAACAGCCAGUACUACAGUGACAUGUUGGAAAAAAAGAUAAGACCUGCCAUUCGAACAAAACACUGUAGGCUCUUGACUCAAGGCGUGAUUUUUCAUCAUAACAAUGGCCAUCCGUAUAUGUAGCGUUUUUAAAGCUACAUUGGUUUAUUUUUUUAAAUUAAAACUUAAAUUAAAUGAAAAUUUUGGA